UAUGGGUUUUGUAAUUAAGUUCAAUCAAUGAGCACUUUUAGUUAAUUACAAAAUAUCAUGAAUCCCCCAACACCUGAGAAUUAUCAAAGAUUAAUAUUAACAGUUUAAUAGAUGAUUUAAUCGAAACCUAUUAAUUGGAAAUUUGUACAUCGACUUUAAUAAUUGCGAGAUUAAUUUAAUUUAGAAUUAGACAUGCAAUACCUUCUUUCUAAGCUUAAAGAUCAACCUAUUGAUACUGAGAAGCAAUAAUUUGUGAUUGAAAUCAUGUAAUAAUAUUUUACAACAGAUGAAGAAUUAUUUAAGGAUUUAUAUAACUAAUUAUUAAGAAUGGAUGAUUUACAAUUCAUAACUUAAUUAAAAAUGUUAUAGACAUAUUUUUAAUAUCCAGAAUUCUUUGAUUAAGAUCAAGUAUUACCAAGAUUAAUACAAAAUUUAAUAGCAUAAGAUGAUUUGAAAGUUUAGGAUUUAGUAAGUGCAUUUUAAAUAUUCACUUAUGAUUAUCCUUUAUUAACAGAGGAAAAUAGAUAAUGGUUAGAUGAUCUUAAAGAUGAAAUGAAUCAAUAAAUAAUAAAGAUAAUACCAAGUUUAGGAUAAAAAUAAUAUAAAUAAUUAUUAGUUGUUUUGAGAUCUAAUGAUUAUAAUAAUGAAUAAUUAAAAGAAGCUGUUUUAUAAUAUUUUUAUGAAAAUAAACAAAUAUUGGGAUAAUCUUGUUUAGUGGAAUUAUUAAAUUUAUGCAAUCUUAAGUUCUACUUUAAUGAAGAAUUAAAAUUAUAGAUUUUAGUGUAAAUUAAUUAAUUGAAAGUUAAGGGAAUAAAUGAAUCAAGAUUAAUAAACAAAUUUGUUUUACCAUCAGUAAUACUUUAUUAUUAAUUAUUAGAUAUCAUUAGCUGAAUAAGAAAUGAUGUCAAAUCUAAUAACUUUAUCAGGUAUACAAUUAGAUAAAGAGUAUGUAAAUACAUAUUUUAAUGGAAGUGAUACUUAAAAAAAAGAAAAACUUGAAUAACUUAAACUUAAAGAUUAGUAAAUCAUACAAAUUGUUAAAGAAUUAAUGAAUUAUAUAGAUGGAUAAUUUAGUUUCUACAUUAAGUAAAUAUAAUAUAUAUAGAUUUAGUGUAAUGAGAGUAAUCUAAACUUUUGGUAUAUCACUUCCAGAAUUACUUUAACCAAUGAUGGAGGAAUUGAAAAGAAUAUUAGCUAAACAAAUUGUAAAUCCAAGUGAUUUAUUAACAACAUUGAAUUAUUUUGAUGAUUGUAAUAUACUGUUUGAUUAAGAGGAAUCAAUAGGAAUGCAACAUUUUAAAACUUAUUUGAAUUAAGAUAACUUUUCUUAUUAGAAAAUUUAAUAUUUAUAAAGGUAAUUAGCUUAUAAAAAGAAUUCAAAUUAAAUGUGUGAACUUUUGGAAAAGUGUUAUAAAACUAAUUGGAAUUUAGAAUUAUGUUCAAAAUAAGCAUUAAUUUAUAAUUAUUAUAAUAUUCCUUUAUCUAAAGCUUUUGAAGAGAAAUUUUAAUCAGUAAUUGAAGAAUAUAUUGAAAAAAAAAAGAAUUCUUUUGAUUAACAAUUAUUUUUUAAGUAAAUAGUUAUGGCUAAUUGGAUUAAAUAUCUUAAAUAAGAAUAUAAAAGUUAUUAUUAUGAGGGAUAAAAUGCAACUUUUAGAAUGAGAAAAGAAAAAGCAUAGAAUUUAGAACACCAAUCUUCUUCUAUUCUAUUUUAAGAAAUAAAAAAUGAUAUUUUAAAAUAUAUGCCAAAUACAUUUAAAUUGUUAUCUAAUCAACAUGUUAAUGGUACAGAUAUUGAUUUCAUUAUAACAAACUAAAAAGGAUAAAAAUUAUAUAUCUAAAUUUAUGAUCAAAAUAAUUAUUAUCAUGCAUCAACUGUUUAAAAUUAUCAAACAUUAUUAGAAACAUUUUAUUUUGAAAAAUUAGGCAAUCAUAAAGCAAUACAUUAUUAUCAAGCAGAGUCAGAAUGGAAACAAUAAAAAUAAUAAGCAGUAUAAAAUUUGUUAAGCUGUUUAAUGUGA